UUAUUUUAUCACCGAUUUACUAAAUGGAUUGAAGCUAAUAUAAUACAUUUUUAAUAGGUAUACCCAAAACAUCAUUAAUAGGACUCACGACAAGUCGUAGCUCAGCGGUUCCUCCUCUCGUAAAUUCUGGACCUUCGUCCACUUCGAGCAUCUCUUCGCUGACAUCCUUUAGUUCCGAACCGAAGACUCCGUUGGCACCGGGGCGAGCCAAAUGCAACACUAUACUUCACCUUUUUGGGGAGUGGCUCUUCGAAGCUGCUUUCAUUGGUUGUGAACUGUCACAAAAAAAUACUGGAGAACCCAAACGUCCUAACUCGUUUAUCAUGGAUGGUAAAUCGUCUAUGAACUUCUCCCAACCUGGUUCAAUGACCGAUUCAAGCGAGUUACCUUCCGGUCUAACCAUAGAUAAAUACGAAAGCGGUAGAGCAGAAGCUUUGGGUACUCUAUGCCGGAUAAUGUGCGCGAAAAAGACUGGCGAAGAAAUUUUACCGGUUUAUCUUGCUAGAUUUUAUUUGGCAGUACUUCACGGUUUGAAAGUACCAUCGAAUAGAGAAUGCGGAGAAUGCAUGGCGGCAAUUCUAAUCAAUUCGGCGAACCUAUUCCAUUUAGACUUGGACGGUGUCAGAAUCCUAAUGCCGGCGUUUAUAUCGGCGCUCGAAGUCGUGCUACCGGAAAAAGAUUUGAGGUUAAGCAACAAUAUAAACAAGAUAGAGCUCAGGAAGUCGUCCAUUCAGCUCUUGCUGUCCAUGUUGGUGUUGCCGCUACAUUUUCAGAGUGUUAUCAUUAAAGAAUUAAUCAACACAGGUUCUAACGAAAAACCCAUCACAUUCCUUCAACUAAAACCUAAAUUAAUGAAUUUAUUGAUGAAUGCUCUACAAAUUGAAUCAGAUCCUCAAAAUACGCAUAUGCUCUUAGGAGGUCUUUUCCUCUGUGUGCAAGAUUCGGCUAUUUUUGAAAAAGUCGAACAGGUUACUCUAGCUUCCACUGAAGGUUCUAAUCUUCUGAGUUCAGCUUCUGACACAGCAAGUAUGGCGAGCAUGGCUAGCAGUGAUCGUUCUACAACACCCGAUCAAUUUGGUUCCAAUGAUUAUGAUCCACUAUUGCUCCCUUUAGAUUCAGCUCAUGCUUUGUUUGUAAGAGCUACAUAUCUGGUUUGCCACCGUUUGAUAUCGUCGUGGAAAACGGACUUAAACGUCUCUCUUGCAGCUUUAGAACUAUUGUCUGGGUUGGCUCGAAUUCACAUCAAAGGAUCAGAUGCCAUGGAGUGUAAAAGAGCUGUCAAAUGGCUUUGCGAUUAUAUAAUUUCGCAAUGUUCGAGACCUCCUCCGGCUCAUUCAAAGGAUCUCCAUUCAACUAUAGUAGCUGCUUUCCAGUGCUGUUCAGUAUGGCUAUUAGAGCACCCGUAUUUGUUACGGGAUAAGGACUGCCUAACAACCGUGUUGGAAGUUGCUGAGUUGGGAAUAUCAGGUACCAAGUCGAUCGGAAAACCUGGCGAGCCGAUCAAAAUGAAAGAAGAAAAAGAUCUGAAGCCGGCCUCUAUGAGAGUGCGAGAUGCGGCCGAAAGUCUUCUGACCUGUGUUCUGGAACAAGUCUUCUAUUUUCCUAGCGAAUGCGGUCCAGAGUCGAUAUCUUCCUUGUUGGACGAAUUGUCGUUGUUAAAACAUUGCAACUCCUGGCCAAACACUUGCAAUGAUCAGUCAGCAGCAGUGGAAAAGUUUAGGUACUUCGUUACUGAAGGAUCUGUAAUGUUGGCUCUUCUGGAGGAACCUCUCGGAAACGAUAAGGAUCCCCAACCAACGGUAACACUGUUGAUACGAGGUCCUUUCGGCCGACAUGCCUGGACCAUGCAGCUGCGGCACCUACCACGACACAAGUCGGGAACGAAGUACCACGCCCACAACGCCUGUCGGCCAGUGGUGAUGCAAGAGACUCCCGUAAGACCGGUGGUUAAGCAAAAAUACUUUCCCGAUAGCGUAGAAAGGGUUAUGCAGUGCAAAGUAGACUUAUCCAUUCCAUCUUUAGAAUCAGUAUUAUCCGAAGACGAAAACAUUAAGAAGGAAAUUGACGUUAUACAGCAACUUGUCAACCGACAAGCCUCAGUCGAAAAUAAUAUACACCAGUCACAAGUUCAGGAUAAUUUAUCAGACUAUGCACCUCCUCCAGUGUGCCACGAAUUCCAGACAGCACGUUUGUUUUUGUCUCACUUUGGAUUGCUCUCUUUAGAUGAAGCAGAGAACGGACAAGAAGAAAAUGGACAUCUAGCGGUCAUAGACAGUAGCGCAAAUGAUUUUUGCAACGAUCUCGCCCUGUUAGACAACAUGAGUCCGCGAACGUGCGAUACCGUACACGUUUUUUACGUAAAAUCGCAGCAGAGCCACGCUCAGGACAUAGUAGGCAACGUUUUGAAUGAACAUGAGUUGUCUCCCUAUUUUUCGGAGUUCAUCCACACUUUGGGGUGGCCCGUUGAGGUUAGCAGUCAUCCAGGUUGGACCGGCCAUGUUUCUACCAGCUGGAAAAUAGCACCUGUGACUGACCAUGAGUGUACCAAGAAACAGAAAUUAUAUGACGGUUCAAGUCACGUGUUGUAUUGGGCUGAUGCCUGCUCUGAAAUCGCUUUCGUCAUUCCAUCUCAGUGUAAACCACCAGAAGUAACGACUGAACAGUCAAGUUUUAACUCAAACAACGUUUCAUCUUGGAGUGAUAAGCCUUGGUCUGAUAAAAGAGCAUUGAGUUUGGACUUGGACAAACAACCAGUUCCACCAAAGAGGAUGUCGCACAAGUCCAUAUUACACCCACACACUAAUACAAAAAUAAUGGUUGUAUGGCUGGAAAGUUUCGAAGAUCAUCUGACUUUACCGAUAAGUGAUCUUCUCAAUUCUAUGAAUACCGGUCUAGAAAAAGGAACCAACCAAAAAACAAGCGAUGUUUUAGUGAUUUUUCUACAUAUAUUAUCCACAGGCUUAUUGAGAGUUCAUCUGCAAGGACCGACCGGCAGAGUUGGACUGGCUUCUCCUCUAGUAGAUGGUAUGGUUGUUAGCAGAAGAGCUUUAGGGCCAUUAGUUAGACAUACUGCUAUGAAUAUGGCUAGAAGAAGAAGACUGGACUCGGAUAGUUAUCAACCACCACACCUGCGAAGAAGAUUAAAAAUCCAAGAAAUUGUCCAGAAAUAUAAGAGGGAAAUGAGCAAACCCGAAUUAUUGACUUAUUUGUUUAGUAGUACUUAAUUUACUUCGUUAAUUUAUUUAAAUAUUUUUUAUUUAUUGUUAAAGUAUUAAAAAUGUAUUUAUUAUUUACCCUAUUUUAUAAUUAAAUAUAAUUAAAAACAUUU